CAGUCAGGGAUCAGAAAAGGUUGGAUUGAAAUGCUUUUGUGGAGACGAGGGCUAGAAUGCCUUUUUCUUUUAAUCUGCCUAUUUAGGUUGGAUAAGCAUAUUGUGCAGACACAAGGAGGGAAAAUAGCUUUGUUUUGGAAAUUUCCAUCUCUGAGUAAUUCAAACUGAGUUGUGACUUUGGAUGAGAAUAGUUGGAGUACAGAAGUCUUCCCACCCAGGGAAGAAGGGUGGCUUUCCAUUGCAUUUCUAACAGGAAAUUCUCCUAUGGUUUUAUCAAGUUAUCACCUACCUUUAUUUAAAUAAAGGGUGCAGUGUGCGUGUGUUCAAUCAUGGCAAUGUGAUAAUGGCAAUGUGUAAGGUGUAAGCACCUCUGUAAAGGGUAUGAGGUUUGGCUACAUUGGGAAACCGCCAGCUCAGGCCACCAGCUCAUCUGUGGAAAAUGCACGGAUAAUCUAGUUAUAGAGUCCAGUUUAUUUGGGUUCAGCUCAACUAAUUUUCUGAUUUUACCUGUUAAUAGGCAUAGAGACUGGCAAACAGAAAGCUACCUGGCUGUGCUGGGACCUCCCCCACAUUCAUAUUUCAUGGUAGCAUGUUGACUCUGGUAGAAGUUCUGAGUGGAGCUUAGGUCAGAGGAGCGUGGCAGUGUGCACCGAGAGGGGAACCAGACCAGGGCAGUGGUUUUGUUUAUUUUCUGUCAGGGGCCCCGGUUGGCAAUAUGUUUGGCAGGUUCACCUACACAAGGAAGCUGGAUAUAGACAUCAAGCCUGAAUAGUAAGUCAGCCCUCUCCACUUACCACCUAGGGGGAUUAACACUCUGGCCUGUAACUUUGCCUCUUUUCCUCCUUUGUCCUGCUGCAGGAAACAGGGAAAGGGGAGACCCCAGAGCCAGGCUCCCAGGGCCCGAAACACACAAGCUCUGAGCCCAGCUUGGGACAUUCUUCGUUUCCCUUCACUUCCCCUCUGGGAGCCCCUUUCACCGUCCCUGCACCUUGUUUCUGGCAAUGCCCGAGAGGGAGCUGUGGCCAGAGGGGCCUGGCUCGGAACCUGUGACCCGCGUCGGCAGCUGGAACAGCAUGACGAGCACCACCUCCACCCGCUCUGGAUCUAGUGACAGCAGCUACGACUUCCUGUCCGCUGAAGAGAAGGAGUGUUUGCUCUUCCUGGAGGAGACCAUUGGCUCAUUGGACACUGAGGCUGACAGUGGACUGUCCACUGACGAGUCCGAACAAGCCACAACUCCCCAAAGUCCCCGAGCACUGCCCAAAAUCCAGCCUGCUCCCCAGGGACAUCCAGAGGAGGUUUUUGUUCAGCAAAGACUAGAGCCAAGGAGAGCGACUCAGUCCAGCUCACCGCAUCUGCCUGAACCCCAAAGCCCAGGCUUCAGAUCCGGCUCCUACAACCUCCCCAGAAAUAUCCAUAUCGGCAGGAACCAGAACCUCAGGAAAAGCACCACCCAGACUAAUAGCCACCUCCCAGGGAAACCUGAGAGGCUCAUUCCAGACCCUGAGAAAGAGCAGGUCAGCCAGAGCAGUGAGCCCAUCCAGGCUCCGGCCACCCUCCAGGAGGCUGCCCUUGAUUUGGACACAGCUCUCAUCCCCCCACCAGAGGCUUUCCGGGACGCCCAGACAAAGCAGGGUGGGGAAGACAGCCCACUUAAAGGACCAGUGGAGAAGAACCCCACACCCCAGCUCCACAUGUCAAUCAGCCCCCAGAAGAGGAAGGAGACUUCUUCAGAGGCCAUGUCCCAAAAAUCCAAUGAGAAAGGCUCAGUGGGGGCACCAGGACAACCUCGGCCUCCUCCUGCUGUGUCAUCUCAGAGUGCUAGAGCUGCAGAUGCUCCCAUCUCAUCAGGGGGCGAUCCAAGUACCCAGCUGGCUCCCCUCACAACACCUAAGCCCCGGAAGCUGCCACCUAAUAUUGUUCUUAAGAGCAGCCGAAGCAGUUUCCACACUGAUCCCCAGAGCUGGCUGUCGCGCCACUCUGAGGCUGCCCCUGGAGAUUCUAGCCUGGUCUCCUCUUCCCUGCAAGAGCAAAGGAAAGCCCGCAAAGAAGCUCUGGAGAAGCUGGGGCUACCCCAGGACCAAGGUGAACCCAGCCUCCACUUAAGUAAGCCCACCAGCUCCAUCAGACUCAAGGGGACUUGUGCUCAGGCCCCUUCCCCAGCUCCAGCUUCACCUCCUGCUCCGGCACAGCCUGCAACUCAGGUCUCAGUAGCUGUGCCUGCUGCAGGGAAGGCUUCAGCUCCUGCUCCAACCCGGGGAACUUCUCCAGUGAAAGCCCCAGCUCCUAGUCCAGCUCAGGGGUCUUCUACAGGGAAGGUUCCAGCAGCCAAAUCCAUGCCAAUUCCCAUCUCUAUGGCCUCAAGGGCAAAUAGUCCCCUGACUCAGCCAAAGCCAAACUCAGGGCUGACUCUCCAGGAGAGCAGCAUCCCUGGCCUGAGACAGAUGAACUUCAAGUCCAACACUCUGGAGCGUUCAGGUGUGGGGCUGAGUAGCUACCUCUCAACUGAGAAAGACCCCAGCCCCCAAACCAGCACCUCUCUGGGAAAAGACUCCUUCUUGAACAAGAUCUCGCCCAAUGUUUGGCGUAAUUCCCGGCCCCGCCCUGCCUCUUUGGGCACCGGGAAGGACUUUGCAGGAAUUCGGGUGAGCAAAUUGGCUGACCAGGAGCUGGAGCAGAGCUCCAGGCGCCUGUCUCACCAAGAACAGAGCCGUGACAAGCUGCCGCGACCCACCUGUGUCAGUGUCAAGAUUUCCCCCAAAGGCAUCUCUGAUGAGCACAGAAGGGAGGCUCUGAAGAAGCUGGGACUGUUGAAGGAGUAAAAGUAGACACUGACCACCAGCACUGCCUGCACAACCUCCUCCCUGCCUCCUGUCAAACAAGAAGACACUCAAGCCUCCACUCUGGAGCCUUGCCCACCUCGCUACUCACGGGUUGAGCAGGGGUAGGCACCUCUCCAAUGCUCUGCUUUCUGGGGUGAAGGGGAGACAGAGACUGCAGUCCAAGCCUACACUUAUAUUCAGGGUGGUUGUGCCAAUGAGUACCUGCUCAACUCAUCCUGAAGAUGAUUUCCACAUAUGUGUGUGUGUGUGUGUGUGUGUGUGUGUGUGUGUUAGACUGUAUAUAUCACUGAAGCUAUUUAUAUGACACAUGGAGUCAUUGCUCAGAGUUCUGCCCAUAUUGGUUAGAGUUCAGCCUAACCAGAACUAAGUGGAGGGGGUGGCUGAGCCUGGGAAUCAAAGUCAAAUGAGUCUGUGCUUGAGCUUGUGACACUGGGGACAUGCAGCACCACCAGAAAUGUGAGUCUCCCAGAAUUCCUGCAAUGGACAGAGACUGGCUCAUACCUUCCUGGAUUGCUCUCUUAGUUCUGGCCUUCUGGACAGGGGUCUGGGGCCAAGAGGCAUUUGAUUUAUCUCUUCACCUGCUGCCUUCUCACUGUUCCUGGUCCCAAGGAUAGGACACAUUCCUGUAAUUAAAAACUCUCCCUUGACUGAGACCCCAGAGCUCUUGUUGGUCUGAGGUCUGAGAAGGCAGGAAAAGUGUCCAAAUGGCACACCUCUGCUGGGGAGGCUCCUCGUCCACAGACUUGACCAAUUCAAUAAUAAACCACACACACAGUGGUUCCGGAUUCUGUGAUUUCUGCUUCCUGUCUCAUUCUGCUCAUGACUGACACCAGGACCAGGCCAACAGAGAGACAGACGGGAGCCUGAGCCCAGAGGCAGCGAUGAACUGUUUCAGGCCCUGUCCAUGCUAUUACAUGUAGUAGCUUUAACUUCCUCAGAGCCUAUGGGAAAUCAACCCAGUACAUUCUCUGCUAGUUAUUCAUAGAAUAUCAGAGCUGGGAGGAGCCUUAGAGAUGCCCAAAUCCAACCCUGCUGGAAAAGGGAAGUGAUUCAUCCAUGGUCACUGCCACUUAGUAGCUGAGCUGGGACCAGAGCUGGGACCUGGUUACCAUUCCAGGCUGCAUGCUGCCUCCCUCAAGCAGCACUUUUGUGCGUCCACACAGUGCCCCGAGAACCCUUCAAGAUCCUAAAGUUUCUUCUGAAAUAUCAGAAAUUAAAUGUUAUCCAUGUCA